AUGACUACACAUGUUACCAACAGAGAUUUAACAAUGAUUUUACUUAUAUCAAUGUUUACAAUUUUUAUUAUUUUAUUUAUUGUUGGAAAAUGGCUCAAUUUCCAUUUAUUUUCUUCAUUUCUCAAUUGGAUACGGAAUAGAAAAACUUCAACAAUUAUUUCCGCUAGGGAACAAUAUACUCAGGAUCCUAUGGCAUCAUGUAUUGACCUUAGUACAAUUAACGAACCGCUAAAAACUACUAAUGACAGUAGUUUAUGGACGCCUGCUUUUGGUUCUAUUUCGUCGUUAGUCACAGAUGGCACAAUAUAUGACGAUACACUGAUGCCUAAUAGUAAUAGUGCAUAUGAUAUUGUUUCCUAUGCAAAUAAUAUACAAUCAACAUUAAAGCGAACAAUAUUAUGUGAUUCUGAUGAUGAAUCAAUUGUAACAUCAUUAAAUGAUUUAUAUGUAACAGAGGAAACUAUUGGAUCAGGAAAAUUACAAAUAACAAUUAAUUAUAAUGCUCUAGAAGAAUAUUUAGAGAUACUAUUUAUUCAAGUUCGUCAUCUGUCAAUAACAAAAGGAAGCAAAGAUAAUUUAAGAUUAUUUAUAAGUGCCUAUUUAGAUCACGACCGAAAGCAAACUCAACAGACUCAAUUAAUUACUUAUGAUAAAAGUCAGCCUGUCCUAUUUAAUUCUUCUAUGAAAUGGAAAGUUGAUGAUGAUCGUUUACCAUGUACUGUUUUACAUACAACUCUCUACCUUCAACAUGAGAAUAAUAGUGAAACAAUAAUUGGAGAAUGUUCAUUUACGAUUGGAGAAAUUUAUAUUUAUCAACCAUUAACAACUUGGCUAAAUUUCCAUGAUAGUAAUGAAGCAUUCUGGUAUCGUGGUGAAAUAAGUAUUUCGUUAUGUUAUCAUCCAACAGCAGAUCGUUUAACCUGUUCAUUAAUUCAAGCACGAAAUUUGACCUUUUAUAAACGCGAUUCUAUCAUCACUGAUAUGAUAUCAACUGAGUGUUAUGCUACAAUUUCUUUACUUCAUCGCCAUCAAGUCAUAAAAAAAACGCGUACAAGUUAUCAUCAUGCAACUGAUAAAAAUCCUGUAUUUAAUGAAACAUCUGUAUUUAAUGUUUCAAGUAAUGAUCUCCUUACUUCAUAUAUACGUAUUGUUAUCUAUGAAAUAAUACCAUCACCAUUAACGACAACAACAAAAACAUUCGAAAUAGGUCAUUGUCUUAUCGGUAAUCAUGAUCGUACACAACAUAUGUCGCAUUGGCAACAAAUGUUACGUGUUCUGCGACGUCCUGUCAUCGUUUGGCAUCCACUAAAAUUGUAA